UAAACUUCACACAAUAAACAGUGAAGGCUAAGGGCGUGCCGUGUCAAGUUUGUCGUUUGCCUUUCUCGGCGGAGAGCCAUACACGAACUCUUGAAAUUUCUCCGGCAAGUGUAAAAUUUAAAAGAUAAACAGAAGAGAAUAUCUUAAUUCUAAAACACCUCAAGAUGAAGAAGUACUUCAAAAGAACCAACACUCCGCUGGAUACAAACAUAGUCUUCCUGCACAGACUCUUGAUCGCCGUCAUGCUGGCAUUAUUCGCUUACUGCAAUUACGCACAAAUGGAACGCCAGAGCCCUUCCUGCUCGGGGUCUGGAACCAUCAACCUGGAACACGAGAGGAAGCUGAGAGUAUGCAUUACUACCGCGGCCUUCGUUGAAUACAAAGGACAGAAGAAAUACACCAACGGAUUUGGCUUGUAUCUUCCAGGACUGCUUUUCACCAUGGCGUUACUUUAUUUGAUUCCUCUAAAUUAUCAGGACUACUAUGAACACCAAGCGCUGGUGCGACUGUUCGAGGAAGCCCCACUCCUUCCCACAGUUGCGGCCGUCAGGAACAUCGACGCCGCCAUCAUGUACAACGCUGGUUUGCUGAGCACUCGAGUGCGUCUGUCAUGGGAGUGUUUAGAAGUCGAUCUCAGUUGUCUCCUGCUAUUAGACAUGAUAUCGUCUACUAGUCUCAUGACUGAAAUUAUCGCGGGAGGUAUAACAGAAGGAUGGGACUACGUGAUGGACGUGUGGCGUCUGGCCUAUCCGACCAACAUCAAGUGCGAGAUCGGACCACAGAUGGUGUACGCAGCCAGCAACACCAAACAUUACCGGUGCAUCAUCCCGCAUAACGAAAUUUUCAAGUAUAUAUGGAUAGCGACAGCCAUUAUCGUCUUAUUUGCAACAUUUCUUAGUUUCUUCUCGUUUGUCUAUCACAUAGUGCAGAUGUUUCCCUGCAGACGCAGACAGUUUUUUCAAGGCACUGUGGACAUCGACGCCGAGACACUGAACACGCUGGAGAGUGAGCUGCCCGGAGGAGAUGACAGUCUGUUUCUCCUUAAGUCGUACCUGCUGCGGCUACCUUGUAAAGAGCAACGCAAGCAAGUAGUGUGGGAGCUAUUGAAUAUAAUUAAAGAGACUUCGUGAUGAAACAAAUAGUGUUUGCAACAAUAAUAUUUUUUGCUGUUAUUUCGCGAAGGAUUAAUGUUUUGUAGCAAUGACCAGUUCAUUAAAAAGAAAUACAAGUUAUUUAACUUAACUUGUAAUGAAAUUAGUAUGUACAUUUAUUUGUUCGACUUGUUAGUUGACCAUUAACUGAACUGUCUUUCACCUUUCAAGAGUAAGAAAUAAUCCAAA